GGAAGAUCCGUAGAGCCCAUGAUAGAUCCUCUUUCUCGCGCUCCCUUACGUUUUACAAAUCGAAUCAUCGCGGCUGCCCGGAUAUCCGUCCCACUUAACUAAGCGUAGUUACAGUACCUGUUCCUUUUCCAAUUCAUUGCCCCACAUGGAUUUGCCGUCAGACGCGAGUCUCAUUUCUCUCGCGUCCCCCGAACUUUCCGUCACGCCCGCUGCGUUCGUCUGCCAACCUCCUCCCUCGCUCACACAGCGAUGACUGUGGGCAAUGGUCCAAUGUCCAUCGUAGUCCAAGGUGCCGCCUUGGUAAGCCUGGUUUGGAGCUGCAUCGUCUUUCUUGUCCAAGGCAUCGGCAUUCUUCAGAUCUUCCGCCAUCACUCCGCACCGAAAGCGAAACCCGUGUCGCCCUGCCUGAAAGAUGAUGAGGUGCCUCACAUAACGCUGAUACGGCCCGUCAAGGGGGUUGAAGAAGGGCUCUACGAAUGCCUCGCCUCGUCCUUUAGGCUAGCCUACCCGAGGUCGAAGUUGACCAUAUACUUCUGCGUCUCCUCCGUCUCUGAUCCGGCAUAUCCGAUUAUCCAGCAAGCCGUCGCAGAUUUUCCAGGGUUUGAUGCGAGAGUACUGGUCGAGGAGGAGGACCCGCUUCUCCACGGCAACGGCGGCCAUGUCAACAACCUAGGGCCGAACCCCAAGAUCCGCAACAUGAGCCGCGCAUAUCGCGAGGCAAAAGGCGAUAUCAUCUGGAUUGCUGACUGCAAUGUCUGGGUUGGAACCGGCUCGGCAGGACGGAUGGUCGACAAGCUCUGCGGGUUCCGUUCCGACGGCGGCAGAACAACGCCCUAUAAAUUCGUGCACCAGCUGCCGCUUGUGGUUGACGUUGGAUUUCCUGGGGAUGCCCGAGAACAUGGUCUGCUGGCGACACACGCCGUCCACCCUCAUCCGCCCAAAUCUGUCCUCGACUACGGCGGCCGUCUAGAGGAACUGUUUAUGUCAACCACGCAUGCCAAGUUCUACGGCGCCAUCAACACCGUCGGCAUCGCCCCGUGCAUUAUCGGCAAAAGCAACAUGUUCCGCAAGUCCCAUCUCGACCGCUUCAGCGACCCGUCCCAGAACCCGAUUCUCUCCACGAAGGACGCUUCCCGGGGCCGCGGCCUGGACUUCUUCUCGUCCUACAUCUGCGAGGACCACCUCAUCGGCGACCUUAUCUGGCGAUCCAGACUCCCGGGCUUCAGGAACCACGGCCUGGUAUUUGGCGAGUUGGCCAUCCAGCCCAUAUCGGGCAUGUCGGUGGCCGCCUACAUCGCGCGCCGUGUCCGCUGGCUGCGCGUGCGCAAGUGGACCGUGUUGCUCGCUACGCUCGUGGAGCCUGGUGUCGAGUCACUCGUCUGCUGCCUUUACCUGUCCUUUGCCCUGACGACACUUACUAGGUUCCACGAGACAUUCGGCGUGACACAGACUUGGGCCGCCAUGGGCCGGAUCUGGCUCUCGGCAGUUACGGUUUGGAUGCUGGUCGACCGCUGGGUCUACCAGAAGCUACACAAGUUACAGAGCGUCGAGGCCGAUGAACACACGCCCUUUUUUGCCUUGGGGCCGUGCCGCCGCGGCGGGAUUCAACAGAGGCCGUUUCUCGAGUGGCUGGCUGCCUGGCUGGGGAGGGAGCUGUUGGCUCUUCCCAUCUGGACAUGGGCUGUGCUGCUCGGGGCGAGCGUGAACUGGAGGGGGAAGCACUUCAAGGUGCGCAUGGACAUGAGCGUUGUGGAGAUCGAGGGCCCGAAGCGUCCGCCAGCAGUACCCUCGCCAAACCAUGUGAAUUCUUGUAACAAGGACCGCAUAGACUAGGUUAGACUUGGGAGCAUAGAAUUAUACCCAU